AUGCUAUCAAACGUGUUACUUCUCCACUUUCUUUUACAUGUAACUCCUUAUGUUGCGCUAGCUGGACCAUGCGAAGACAUAGGCGGUAAUUGGAUGAGCAAGUUAGGAGCAAAGUUAGAGAUUACACAUUCAGCAAACGGGGUUUUGAGUGGAAAAUAUUACAAACCAACCGAUUCGUCGCGUGGUGACUCUGGUGCUCAUGAAAUAGUUGGAACAUUACCAUACAACAAGCCAGGAGCUUCUUUUGCAUUCUCCGUCAACUGGCAAAAUGGCAGUUCAACAACGGUGUGGACUGGUCAAUGUUUGAUGUGUGAUGGCAAAGAAUCAUUAGAGACAUCUUGGCUCUUGAAAUCUUAUGUUCAUUCUUGUAUUGACAAGUGGAAGUCGACACAAAUAGGGAAAGAUGUCUUUGAACGAAAACCUACAUCAGUGAGAACUUCCAAAGAAAAUUCAAAGUCAACACCUGGGGAAUUUACAGGACGAAAGUGCAACCUGAAUGGUACUUGGUAUAAUGAUCUUGGCUCUGAGAUUAUUUUGAACCAAACAGAGAAUGGGAUAAUAAAAGGUGAAUUUCGAACUGCAGUUGAACGAAAAAAAGGUAGUGCUGGUAAGAGCCACUCGCUCGUGUAUGGCUUUGGUACAUAUGGAAAACCCAAUACAACAUUUUCAUUGGUUGUUAUUUGGAGAAGCGGUGCAUCAGUAACGGGCUGGGUGGGAGAAUGUCAUUUUUGUACAAACAACACGGCAAUGCUUCAAAUGAACUGGUUACUAAGGAGUAAAGUUGACAACUGCAAUGAUGUCUGGCGUUCGACAUACUAUGGCGAGAAUACUUUCACACGUCACGAACAGAAACCAGGUCCAAGAAAAUCUCUUGGUACACAUACGCCAAACCGUGAUGGUGAAGAUGCUGAUGAAGAUAUUGGUGGUUCAUCCAGUCUGAUGCUUUCAAACAUUUUGUUUGUCGCAGUUCUACUUUCAAUGUGGAUUGCCAAAUAAUAAAAGCAUGCACAUUGUGUUUCAAACUGUUAUACUA